AUGACAAAGUAUAGUAAUUUACAUAUGGAUACAAUAUUUUACAGAAACAUAAAAUGUAUAUUCGUAUUAUUUGGUAUUUUUUUACCUUUUUUAAAUUUGAAAAAUAUUUCUAAGGAAUAUAUGAACAUAUCAAAUAAGAAAUAUUUUAUUUUGAAGUGUUUUAGUGUGUUUUUAUUUAUAUGUUUUUUGAAUAAUCUUAAAGAGUCUAAAACAACACAGUAUUUGAAUAGAAGAAGUAUUCAUAAUGGAGAAUUAGAAAUAUAUAUACAUAGGUUAUUAUGUGAAGUGGAAAUUUUAGGUAAUUAUCAUAAUAGUCCAGUUUAUGAAGAUUUAUCAGAAGGUAUUGAAUCGGAUGAAGAAGAAAUUGAUAAUGAUAAUACACCACUUUUUAAUAAGUUUGAUGUGAAGGAUUUUAGGAAUACUCCUUAUCGUUUUGGUAAUAUUCAUAAAAAGAAAAAUCGUUUUCUUAAAUGUCUUACAAGUCUUGAUAGAAGAGUUGAAUUAGAAAUUAUGUAUAUAAUGAAAAGUAAUAAUGAAAGUAACUACUUUAUGUUAAAAAAAGAACCUAAAAUGAGAAAAAUUAAAAGAUAUUUUGAAAAAUAUAAAGUACUUUCACCUAUACUUAUCGGAAUUAUUAUUGCAAUAAUUAUUGUUUGUAAAUCAGCAAAUGGUACAUUGGCACUAAUACCUAUAGGUUUAGUUAUUGUAUAUAUUAUUUAUUUAUGGAAAAAAUACAAGAAAUGCAAAUAUAUUAGUGAUUCGUUUGCUACAUAUACAGUACCUAAUAUUUUUGAGUAA